AUGCUAACUCAUUGUAGCGGAAAAUAUCAGGGAAUUGCAGGGGAUGUCGCAAUGCGGCCUCAACACCAGAAAAGGCUGGGUGGGACGAGAGCUGCUCUCUUUGUAUAUGCUACAACAGGGCUCGAGAACAUGGCAUUCAUUUCAACGGCUGUAAGCCUGGUAACUUACUUUUAUGGCUAUAUGAACUUCAGUUUGACAAAGUCAGCUACAACACUCACAAACUACCUUGGCACUGCAUUUCUGCUAUCGCUAUUUGGAGGUUUUAUAUCUGACACCUACUUGUCAAGAUUCAAGGCUGGUAUCCUAUUCGCCUCAUUUGAAGUCGUGGGCUAUGCACUCCUGGCAGUUCAAGCACACUUUGAACAGUUAAGACCAACUCCCUGUAACCCUACCCAAGUAAAUCAGUGCCAGCAAGCAACAAGUAAUCAAGAGGCCAUAUUGUUCACGGGUCUGUAUUUAGUUGCAUUUGGCACUGGUGGAGUUAAAGCCGCUCUGCCUUCAUUAGGAGCAGACCAGUUUGAUGAGCGGAACCCAAAAGAGGCAGAAUCACUUGCAAGCUUCUUCAACUGGCUCCUGUUCAGCAUCACAACUGGGGCUAUAUUUGGAGUCACUUUUGUAGUAUGGAUCUGCUCCAACCCAGGUUGGGAUUGGGGGUUGGGUGUGUGCUCCAUAGCUGUUCUUGUAGCAGCUCUAUUUCUACUGAUGGGAAGAUCUAUGUUUCGAGAUUAUGUACCUAAAGAAAGCCCAAUUCUUCGUAUUCUACAGGUAUUUAUGGUGGCCAUUAAAAAUCGAAAUAUACCAUUACCGGAGAAUGCAGAAGAAUUGCAUGAGAUUCAUGACAGAGAAGCAGGAGUAACAACAGAUAUUCUCCAAAGAACAGAUCAAUUCAGAUUUCUGGACAAGGCAGCAAUAAUUACUAGCUCACUUGAUGCAUCUGAAUUGCGAUCAUCAGGAUCAUGGAAACUGUGUACAGUAACACAGGUCGAAGAACUGAAGAUUAUAAUACGUAUGCUCCCCAUUAUUUUGAGUACUAUAUUCAUGAACACAUGUUUGGCUCAACUGCAAACAUUUACCAUCCAACAAAGUACAACCAUGGACAGAAACCUGCUAGGUUUUCAAGUUCCUGGCUCCUCCAUUCCAGUAAUUCCACUAGUGUUCAUGUCACUUCUAAUCCCAGUCUACGAUCGUUUUUUUGUUCCAUUUGUGAGAAAGUUCACUGGGAUUCACUCAGGAAUCCGACACCUUCAAAGAAUUGGAGUGGGAUUAGUUCUCUCGGCCAUCUCAAUGGCGGUGGCUGGAAUAGUAGAAACUCGCCGUAAAUCGGUGGCUAUUGACAAUAACUUGGUUGAUUCACCCGGCCCUCUGCCUAUAAGUGUUUUCUGGCUAGGUUACCAAUAUGCAAUUUUUGGACUGGCUGAUAUGUUUACAUUGGUAGGAUUACUAGAGUUUUUCUAUGAAGAAAGUUCACCAGGCAUGAAGUCACUCGGUACAUCUAUUUCAUGGUGUUCAUUGGCUUUUGGAUACUAUUCAAGCUCAAUAGUGGUGGAGGUGGUAAAUAAAGUGAGUAAUGGGUGGUUAGCUAGUAACAAUUUGAAUAGAGACAAGUUAAAUAACUUUUAUUGGUUAUUAGCAGGAUUAAGUAUAGUCAACUUAGGUAUUUAUUUGAUGUGUGCCUCCUGGUAUAAGUAUAAAGAGGUGAAUAUGAAGCAGAUUGAUACAGGUAGCAAUGCUGCUAAAGCAAAUGAAGUCAAUAUUCAGGUGCCUAAUGCAUAGAGAACUUCCCACAUGCUAGAGACCCGUCCUAAGAGUAUCCACAAGACUACAAAUCUGUAUUUUUUAUGUCUCAAAAGAGUUUAUAACAAAUAAAUUGUGAAGAGAUGGAAAUU